AUGGUGGAUGAGAUUCAGGAAACGGAAGCGGCACUUGAAGCACUUCCUGGCCGUGAUGGACCGGAUAGAGCUGCUGCCUUGAACGAGCUGGCGAAGGCUCAAUGGCGGGCCGCUCUCCAGGAGCACAACAGCAGCCUCCUUCAACAGGCCAUCUCCACUAUUCAACAAGCAGUUUCAAUGUCAGAAGAAAUCCCUGACAAGCGGGCAGGCUAUCUCAAUAACCUAGGCGUCUUUUUGAGAGACUUUGCCACAAUGGAGAAGAGCGCCACUGCACUUGAACAGUCAGCUGAUGCUCUGGAGCGUGGGAAGCGUUGCGCCCCUGACCACUUGAGAUGCACAUUACUGCUCAAUCUCGCGAACACUCUUCAAACUAGGUACAAAUUCAGGUCCCGAGGUGACCUCAACGGACUUAACCUGGCAAUCUCCACAUAUGAAGAGAGCCUAGAUGCCAACCCAACUCUAUCCACCAAGCCCAGACUUUUAAAUGGCCUGUGUCUGUCCUUGAUGGACCGGUUUACAGCCCAGCACUCAUUGGAAGAUCUGGAACACGCCCACGACGCAGCUCAGAAAGCUGUGGAAGAGUCUGAUGAAAGCCAUCCGUUCCGCGCCAUCUUCCUCGAUACUUAUGCCUACGUUCUGUCGAGCUUAUUCGACUACGAGCCGUCAAUGGACACCCUCAACGCUUCCAUCUCCAGGGGCCAAGAAGCUAUCGAUAUUGCUGAGGAGCAACGGUCCCCCAAACUUCCCUUAUUUAUCGCCAACCUCGCUAGCUCGCUGAUGAGGCGUCAUAGUAUUAACGCCUCCCAAUCGGAUCUUGGAAAUGCCAUCAAGAUGCUUGAGUCAACUCUCGCAACCAUUGUUCCAUCAGAUCCGGCGUGGCCCCUCUGCUCCCUGAAUUACUCUGUUGCACUACAGGACAGAUUCGAAUCUUCUGGGACACUUGAGAACAUAGAAGCAUGUCUUUCAAUUUUGACAGAACUGAGAGAGCAGUUGACGGAGCAGGAGCCGCUUUGGCCACAAAUUCAGUCAGCGUUUGCAUCUGCAUUAAUCCGGCGGUGCGACUUCAAUGUCGUGGUUGGCGAUCUCGAUACAGCCGUCCGAACUCUCAAAGAUGUGGCGGAUCAUCUCUCCGAAGAAAAUAUCUAUGCGUCGACCGUGUAUGGGGACCUCAGUGUUGCACUUCUUGCCCGCUUUGAGCUUCGCAGAUCCAUGGUUGACUUGGACUUGUCGCGAAGCACAGCGCAAAAGGCCCUUGACUUGCUACCUGCAACAUCUAUGGACUACCCAAUCGCGCUCACCACCUGUGCCAAUACCCUCCUGCGCUCUUACGAGGAGACAGAGGACGAUGAGCUGCUCGAUUCUGCGAUUAACCUUUACGAAGAUGCCAUCACACAUGACUGCGUCUGGAGGCGUCUGCGGCCGGCCAGACUGACUGCCCUGGGCUUUGUCCUGCAACUCCGUUAUGGCCGUCACAAGCAAGAUGCGGAUUGGAGGCGAUGCUACGACGUCUGCAAUGAAGCGGUAGACCUGUCUGCGGACAGUCCAACGCUGUAUCUUCCCCUGGGUCAGAAGGGUGGUGCCAUUCUCGAGAAAGCUCGCGCGGAUGCAGACAUCUCACAGCGUGCCAUUCAUCUGCAUGAAGCAAUCUCCUCCCUGGAGCAGUCCCUGGCCUUGAUGCCCGCACAUCACAGUAACCGUGCGCCUUGGCUUAACAACCUCGGAUUGGCAUGUGAAAUGAUGUACAAAGACUCCGGGAAUCAACAGGCAUACACGACUGCGUUGGCUCGCUAUGUUGAAGCUGCCGAGUUGCCGACAGCUGCGCCGCUGCAGCGUGUCACCGCUGUGUACCGAGCUUUGGUACUAGCCGGCCGUUCGGAUAUCCAAGAGUCGUCUAGGUUGGCCUUACUUGCCAUCCGACUAAUGCCGACCUUGAGUCCCCGGCUACUGAAGCGACAGGAGCAAAAGUCUAUGAUAUCCAUGUUUAGCGGCCUCGGCAGCUACGGUACCGCACUUCUCUUGGAAGCUGGCCACGAUGUCGUCGAUGCUGUCAACGCUCUCGAAACAAGCCGCGGUAUAAUGAACGGCCUGCUGAUAGAUACAAGAACGGAUUUAACAGCUCUUGAAGAACGCGACGAGUCGCUGGCUACGCGGUUUGCAGACCUGUGUCUCAAGUUGGACUCCCAGUCUGAUCAACUGUCACGGCUUGGUCGUCGCGGGGAUUUCUUGGAUAUGAGCUCCGAGAGUCGGAUAUCAGCGGCCAAAGCAUUUGAUGACACUGUCGCCGAGAUCCGGGAGCUCGAUGGUUUCCACGACUUCCUCCAGCCGCCCACUGCUGCUGAGUACCACGCACUGGCAGUCUCCUCGCACAUUGUUCUUCUCAAUGUCGCCUCAUUUCGGAGCGAUGCAUUGGUCGUCAGUUCCGAGCGCAUAUGGAACAUCUCACUGCAGACGCUCAGGUUGGAAGAUGCUGUCAAUCGAGCGAAUGCUCUCACAGAGGCUAUACGUAAUGACAAUGCCACUACCAGAAUGGCCACUAACGACCAUAUCAGGCAGUUGCUAAGCUGGCUCUGGGCCAACGUCGUCAACCCUAUUCAAAUCCAGCUUCGUCGAAACAGUGGCAAGGCUAAACUUCGCAUUUGCUGGAUCGCCACGGGGGCCAUGACAAACUUUCCCAUCCAUGCCGCCACUGAUGAAGCGAGUGGUGAUAACGCCAUGGAUAUCAUAAUCUCAUCUUACGGGACCACCAUCAAGGCCAUAAGGUUCUCCCAGCAGAAACUGGAACAAAUAACUGGUCGCGGGGGUCAAGCCCUCGUGGUGUCUAUGAAAGAAACGCCGGGGGAAAGAAGCCUUCCUUUUGCCGAGGAAGAGGCUGAGUCCCUCCUUAAUUUGCUGCGUCCCUUGAUGCCAGCAACCAUGCUCAGUUACCCACCCUCGCAGUCCAGCACGACCGCUCCGACAAAGCUAAGCGUCCUCACGGAGCUGGACACAGCGGCCAUCGUCCUCCUCAGUUGCCAUGGUAUUGACGAUCAUAAUGACCCGUCCUUGAGCCGGUUGCUACUAUCCGACUGGCAGAACGAGCCCCUGACUGUCGCUGACAUUACGGCGCAGCGCCUCCCAUGCGCCCGCACAGCCUACCUAUCAGCGUGUCACGCCGCCGUCGGCCGGGCUGCCACCUUGCUUGACGAGGGGAUUCAUCUGGCGGCGGCGUUCCAGCUGGCCAGCUUCCCCCAGGCCGUGGGGACGCUGUGGCAGGUGAAUGACAGGCGGGCGAUGCAGGUUUCGAGACGGGUUUGGGAGGUGUUAAUUGGGGAGAACGGGAGGCUGAGAUAUGAGCUGUUGGGUCAGGCGCUGAAUGAGGCUGUGAGGGAGUUGAGACAGAGUACGAAGAUGUGUGAAGAUGAGGAUGUUGAUAUCGAGUUCGAUGAUGAGCCCUUUCUAUGGGCUCCUUUUGUUUACAUGGGCUUAUAA